GCUGUAAAAGGAUUUGGAGCUACUUUAUGCAGAAUUGGGACUGUAAUGGCAUCAUUUGGACUGCACAUUCCUCAAGGAAUGGGCUUCUUGUCCAUUCAAACAGAAGACUCUUGAAAAAUUGCUUGGGAAGCUGACCUUGGCUGAUAUUGUUGAUACACACAUAGUGAAAGGUUUAACAGAGAUGUUAGCAACAAUUACAAGGUUGGCUGUUAAAAGCAUUAUUUUGAUUCAGUUCGUGUUGGAGUGUGGGGAUGCUGGUAGGUGCUGCUGUAUGCAUAUGCUUUGGAAUGAAAUCCUAGUUCUAUUGAGGUUGGCUGGCUUUAGCUCCUAUAAUGCUGCAACAUAUGCAGAGCAUAUAUGUGUUUAUCAGGACUUGUUGUUGGCAAAUCCUUGGGAUGUCAUCCAGUUCUCUGGAAAUGCACGAAUUCAUUUGGAUUCCUUCUUGUCAGUUUUCAACAUUUCUGGCCUUCCUGAGGAGUACUAUCAUAACAGUCAGCUAUCAAAUGAUGGAGAUAGUUUUGUUGAUGGAGCAGUCAUAGCAGCUGCAAGAACAUUACCCACUUGGUCCAAUGGGGAUGUCCCUCCAAUCCCAAGCACAGAAAGAAAGGCCGUGAAGGAGUUGCAGGAAGAAUGCCAACAGAAGCUUGCUGAAUUCCCUACAACUUCUGAGCAAGAUCAACGAAUCCUAGAUUCUAAGCCUGAAGCAAGGAGAACACUCGUAGCCGCAAUCAA